AUGUCUGGCGGUCAGGAUGUAUUUGUCCCGUUGGCUACGGGGGCAAUCCCUCAAGCUGUCACAUCGAGAGGUGACCACCCCGUGCCAAAGAAAGGAAUCGAAAACGUCAACACGCCGAUCGAGACCAAUAAGUUCUACAGUGGCAUUUUCUUAGGGUCGCAGAGCAAUGCAACUUUCACUCACCCAUAUGCCGUGGCCUGGGCUAAAGGGUCUGGUACUGCGCAGAGCUAUGGAAUGGCGCUCUGGCACAACGAGGCCAACGUGGUUGCCAACGGACCAACAAAUGCGAACAUCCCCGGGAAUCCAAUUUCGUAUUAUAUCAACCCUAUUGGCAUUCAACAUCUCAUAUUAUCUGCCACAGAAUUGAAGGCUUCCACGGUGCUCACCGGAGAGAAUAUCCUACCGUUCUCUGCGGACGCCGUUUUGAAACCAGAUAGCGGGUCAAGCCAGCGGCUUACUGUUCCCCUCGUUCAAGGCAUGGGGUUCGUGACUGGUAUGUAUACGAACUUGCAGCCUCUGAUUCAGACUGGAGUCUUCUUUAGGCAAGUUGUUACAGCUGCCUCUCCAAGGGUCGGCAUCUUCAAGUAUAAGCUUACCCUCGAGGAUGGAAGUAGCUGGCUUCUCUAUGCUGUGCCACAAGAUGGCAAGGAUCCUAAUUUCCAGCUGGAGUCGAACACCAACCUUCGUGGUCCGGCCGGGUGGUCUGGUUUUGUCCAGGUCACUAAGAAUCCCGCUGGAGACUCUGGGGAAAAGUUGCUCGACGGGUCGGCUGGCGUUUUCGCGCUCGAAGCCGCCAUUUCGGGAACCGUAAGUGCCCGCACAGGCACUUAUCAGCUGUCGUGGGCCAAAUCAGGGACCAAGACACAGGACACCCCUCUGAUGAUGUACGCUCUACCUCAUCAUGUUGAAUCAUUCGACGCAACCACAAAGGGCCGUAUGACAAGCAUCAGUCUUCGAACAACUACCAAGGGAAAGGCGACUGCGGUCGUUGGAGAAACGUGGACUAUGGUCGAGCCAGAUCUUCCUACCGACAUGGGAUUCGCCCCAUGGUCCGCAUCGUCUGGCAAUGUCAACGGGAUCUCGACGGCGGCACAGAAGGUCAUCUUAGGAGUUGCACCUACAGAGCUCAACCAGAAUAUCGAUGCGCAGACCAACUUGAACAGCAUGUACUACAGCGGAAAGGCUCUGAGCAAAUUCGCAACUCUGGUCUACACGGUGAACAAGCUAGGCGGAAACCCUGACCUGGCUGCCUCAGCGUUGCAGAAUCUCAAAACCGCCUUUUCGAGAUUCAUCACCAAUAAACAACAAUUCCCGUUGGUGUAUGACACUGUCUGGAAGGGAGUUGUGUCUUCGGCAAGCUAUGGCGGGGAUUCGGGUGCCGAUUUCGGAAACACAUACUACAAUGACCAUCAUUUCCACUACGGCUACUUCAUCCAUGCCGCAGCUAUCAUAGGCUCACUGGAUCCAACUUGGCUGUCAAGCAGCAAGGACUGGGUCAACAUGCUGGUCCGCGAUGCCGGAAAUUCUGCAGCGAAUGAUCCUUACUUCCCCUUCUCGCGCGCAUUUGAUUGGUUCAAUGGACACUCGUGGGCUAAGGGACUAUUCGAGUCCUUCGAUGGCAAGGACCAAGAGUCCACCUCCGAGGACACCAUGUUCGCCUAUGCAAUCAAGAUGUGGGGAAAGACGAUUGGUGAUGCCAGCUUGGAAGCUCGAGGCAACCUGAUGCUUGGUAUCUUGAGGCGCAGCCUGCACAAUUACUUCCUUUUGGAGAGCGACAAUAAGAACCAGCCGGCUAACUUCAUCGCCAACAAGGUCACUGGUAUUCUUUUUGAGAACAAGGUAGAUCACACUACCUACUUCGGUGGCAACCUAGAAUAUAUUCAAGGAAUUCAUAUGUUGCCUCUUCUGCCAUCUUCUGGGUUCGUUCGAAGACAGAACUUCGUCCUUGAGGAGUGGAAUGCCCUUUUCGCAAGCAAUGCCACCACCCCUGCUUCAACGGUAACUGGUGGAUGGAAGGGUGUUUUGUAUGCCAACUUGGCUCUGGUCGACCCCACCACGUCCUGGAACUUUUUCGCCCAGUCCAACUUCGACUACAGUUGGAUUGAUGGUGGUGCCUCACGAACAUGGUAUCUGGCCUAUGCAGCUGGUAUGUUGAUGACCCUUUAG